AUGUUGGUCCCGAAGACUGUCAAAGGGGCCUCCUACGUCUCCGUUCUAACGAUUGUCGCCUUCACCUUGGAGCGCUAUCUGGCCAUUUGUCAUCCGCUACAUAUCUACGCCGUAGCAGGGCUACGACGAGCCCUACGGAUCGUGCUAGUUCUGUGGGCUUUGUCUCUGCUUGCCGCCUCACCUUUUGCACACUACACCACUGUCAACUACCACGAGUAUCCACCAGAAUCUGGAAAUAGAUCUUUGGAGUCUGCGUUCUGCGCCAUGCUGGAGCUGCCUUCGUGGUACAUUUGCGAGCUGAGUAGCUUCUUCUUCUUCAUCCUGCCCGGCCUCAUCAUCCUCUGUCUGUACGUGCGAAUGGGCUUGCGCAUUAGGUCUACACACAGCCAAAACCCUGGCAGCCCGGGUACUUUAAAUGGAGUAAAUGGAAGCGUUCACGGCCAAGCGAGGCAGGCGCAGUCUAGGAAGAACAUUAUUCGAAUGCUUGCGGCCGUAGUGAUAGCUUUCUUCGUGUGCUGGGCCCCAUUCCACUUACAGCGUCUGUUCUUCAUCUACGGCAGCAGCGCGGCGCAAUACCACACUGUUAACGAGUAUCUAUUCCUGGUUGCUGGAGUAUUCUACUACAUAUCUGCUACUGUCAACCCUAUUCUCUACAAUAUUAUGAGUCAUAGAUAUCGGAUUGCGUUUAAAGAGACUCUAUGCUGUCGCAAGGAUCGACGCAAGAAGAGCCGUUAUAGAGACACCUCCAGUGUCCGUGAGACUGUGGUUAAUCAAACUUCGGAAGGUACCCAACUAGUUCGCGUGCGCUCCCAUAGUCACGAGAGGCGAUCUCGUACGGAGCGCCCGCGUCGCAAUAGUUACUACGGGGCGGAGCCCUCACACACACGACCGCAGCAAGGACCCAAGAUCCAACGGUGCCUGGAGGGCUUACGAGCACAAGAAGUAUCGAUUUGCUGA